AUGAAGACCGCACAGCCCCCGAAUAACUGGACAGCCGUUGCUGUGCACCACCUUGACCAAGUUGCGGAUCACCAUCACCAUCUAUGCCAAACAGGCUCACUUUUCGAAGAGCUGAGCACAUCCCAUAGCCUCCUGAAGCGCCGCAGGUCCAUCUUUAAACAUGAAGAUUCACCUAGCUUGGCGUCCGUCUCGACGGAUCGCCAACCCUUGAUGCGAUCGGAGACAUCCGCAAUAGCAUCCAGCAGCCAGACACAGCUAUUCGAGCUGGAAUUCUCCUUCACAGACAAAUAUGGCCGUUGCCGUGAAAUUAUUCACUAUGGGAACGACAGCACAAUCCGUCUCCACGAGCACAAAGCUCCCCUCUCGGGUUCGAAGUCACGGCAACUGCUCGCAAUCAAGGUAUACCGGCAUUCUAUCCUCAACUCGGCUCCCACGUCAACCGCCCAUACAAUAUCCUCUCACUCCUUGGCCGAAGCACAUCCAUACCACCCCAAUAUUCUCCCAAUCCUCGAUCUCCUCUACAAUGAACGUUCAGAGCUCUGUGUGGUCAUGCCCUACUGUGCCGGUGGCGAUCUACGCGCUCUGCUCACUCGCACCGGUCCGCUUCCAACCGUUGAAGCCGACUGUCUGGUCACACAGAUCCUGCGGGCUCUCGAUUUCUUGCAUGAACAUGAUACUGCACACCGCGAUAUUCGCCUGGAGUCCGUUCUGAUCACCGCUCACGGUGCGGUCAAACUCGCUGGGUUUGGAGACGGACACAUCCGGCGACUCUGGGAGAAGUGUGUCGUAUCGUCUGAGGCAGAUGAACAUAUGUCCCGUCUUCAACAGCCAAAGCCACCCUCCUUGGGUCCAUGGCCUCUCUCGUUGCCGUGGUCUUCUUUCCUUCCAUCCCCCCAUCCGCAGUCCACAUCACCUCGCAACUCCGUACCGACCAAAAGCCCAUCGACUGCGUCAUAUCCCGGCCUGAGCCUCUCGUACCGUCCACCAGAAUGGUUCCACCGCCAACCUCAUUCUACCUCUCAUUGCGACUUAGAGCAUGGAAAUGAUGACAAGGAAAAAGACAAUGAUCCUCGUCCUGCGGACGUUUGGGCCACUGGCACAAUAUACAUGGCCCUCAUCACGGGCCGUCUCCUUUGGCGUAGUGCCCAGCCGUACCAUGAAGACGGACGGUAUCUAGAGUAUCUCCGCUGCCGGGGUGGAGAGGAUGGGUAUCCGCUUAUUGAGGCACUCGGAAGAAGACGGCGUAACGCCAUCUAUGCGAUGCUACAUCCCAACCCCCAGAAACGUAUUACAGCAGCCGAUAUGCUGUGCUCGGAGUGGAUCAAGAGUGUCGUGGUUUGUGAAGCGGGAGAGAAAGGGGACUGA